ACUUCUCCGUUCUGCUUCACGGCGGCGUUAUAUACCUCCGGAGCCGACAUAUCCUAGGACUGAAGAAUCUAUUUCUAGGGUUUCGCGUUCUUCGUCUUCGCGGAAACCGAGCAACCAGUUAAUCUGGCGGCGGAAUUCAUGGCCGAUAAGUACAACGUUGGGUCGGCGGAGGCUUUGGCGAAGAGUGCAUUGCACUUGCCAAUUGCACAGGCCACGCCUAUAUAUGAGCAGCUCUUGUCUGUGUUUCCAACUUCUGCAAGAUUCUGGAAGCAAUAUGUGGAGGCACACAUGGCUGUGAACAACGACGAUGCUACGAGGCAGAUAUUUAGUCGUUGUUUAUUGACUUGUCUUCAAGUUCCUCUCUGGCAAUCUUACAUUCGGUUCAUCAGGAAGGUUAAUGACAAGAAGGGAACAGAGGGCAAAGAAGAGACCAGAAAGGCUUUUGAGUUUAUGCUUAAUUAUAUUGGGACAGACAUAGCAUCCGGGCCUAUAUGGAUGGAGUACAUUUCCUUUUUGAAGUCUCUCCCGGUUCCUAGCCCACAGGAGGACUCGCAGCGGAAAAUUGUUCUGCGGAAAGUGUAUCAGAGAGCUAUUGUAAAUCCGACUCACCAUGUUGAGCAACUUUGGAAAGAUUAUGAAAACUUUGAAAAUUCUGUUAGCCGUCAAUUGGCCAAAGGUCUCAUAUCAGAGCAUCAACCAAAAUUUAACAGUGCCAGAGCUGUAUAUAGGGAGCGCAAGAAGUACAUUGACGAAAUUGAUUGGAACAUGCUUGCUGUACCGCCAAAAGGAUCAUCCAAGGAAGAAGCUCAGUGGAUGGCUUGGAAGAAGUUUUUAGCCUUUGAAAAAGGAAACCCUCAAAGAAUCGAUGCCACAUUGUCAAAUAAGCGGAUCAUUUUCACUUAUGAGCAGUGUCUGAUGUAUUUAUAUCACUACCCUGAUGUAUGGUAUGACUAUGCUGAGUGGCACAUAAAAAGUGGUUCUGCUGAUGCUGCGGUCAAAGUAUUUCAGCGAGCUCUCAAUGCUCUGCCGGAUUCGGAAAUGCUGAAAUAUGCUUAUGCUGAGCUGGAGGAAUCUCGUGGAGCUAUCCAGUCAGCAAAGAAGUUAUAUGAAAGUCUUUUGGGGCUUAGCACAAACUCUUUGGCACAUAUACAAUUUCUUCGCUUUCUAAGGAGGACUGAGGGCGUUGAAGCAGCUCGCAAGUACUUCUUAGAUGCUAGAAAAUCUCCCAGCUGCACAUAUCAUGUGUAUGUUGCCUUUGCUAUGAUGGCCUUUUGUCUGGACAAGGAUCCAAAGGUUGCACACAACAUCUUUGAAGAAGGUUUGAAACGCUAUAUGAAUGAACCUGUUUACAUUCUUGAGUAUGCAGAUUUCUUGUCUCGGUUAAAUGAUGACAGAAAUAUCAGGGCACUAUUCGAGCGGGCAUUAAGCACAUUACCAGCAGAGGAAUCUGUUGAGGUCUGGAAAAGAUUCUGUCAAUUUGAGCGAACAUAUGGAGAUUUGGCUAGCAUGUUAAAGGUUGAGCAGAGAAUGAAAGAAGCACUUUCCAGGAUAGGGGAAGAGGGAUUGUCCUCACUGGAAAGCUCACUACAAGAUGUUGUCUCCCGAUACAGUUUCAUGGAUCUUUUGCCUUGCUCUUCCAAGGAUCUUGAUCAGUUAGCCCGACAAGAGUUGCUUGCCAAGAAUAUGAAUAAGAAAGUGGAGAAGGCAAAUGUACCUAAUGGUUCCAGAACUGUGGGUACCGGAGCUGCAUCCUCGAAAGUAAUCUAUCCAGACACAUCUCAAAUGGUUGCUUAUGAUCCGGCACAGAAAUCAGAGCUUGCUAGGGCGGCUAAGCAAGCGGUGCCUAUUGCUUCCACUGCCUCCCCUAGUAUCGUGACUGCUGUGCCUUCUCAUGGAUCCACCAGCAGAUCUGAUGAGAUACCGAAGGCAACUCCUCCUGCGUUGGCCGCGUUUCUAGCCAAUUUGCCGGUUGUUGAUGGUCCGACGCCGAAUGUGGACAUUGUUCUAUCGAUAUGCUUGCAGAGUGACAUACCAACGUAUCAGACGGGGAGGCCUGGAUUUUCCGCAAAGACUCCAUCAAACACUUCUCCUAAUCCAAGUGAGACCUCGGGUUCGACCAGGUCUCAUCCAGGUGGUCCCUCUCAAAGAUUAUCAAGGGACAGAAGAUCUGCAAAGAGAAAGGAUUUAGACAGGCAAGAAGAAGAUGAUACAUCAACCGUACAAAGCCAGCCACUUCCCACAGAUGUUUUCCGGUUAAGGCAGAUGCGUAAAGCUCGUGGAAUCUCCACGUCGCAGUCACAGACUGGUUCUACAUCUUACGGCAGCGCUUUCUCCGGGGAUCUAUCUGGUAGCACCGGCUAAAGUACGUAGGUACAUUACAUUCCCGACAUGUCCUGAAAACACGUCAGGAAGAGAUUCCAUAGUCCGCGUCUUCGGUCUGUUAUUUGGUACUUCGUGAUAGAUAACAUUAUAUUUUGUACUAAUCUCAUCAAAUAAACCUUUUUUUAUGGACAAAUAUAUGUUUCUAUUCUUCGUAUAACCAUACAAA